GCGGCGGCGACCGUGGUAAUUGCAGCCGCUCGGGGGCAGGGCUUGCCCCAGCGCAGAGUAGUGGCAACGGCUUGUCGCUUCGGGAGCCCCGGGGACGUGAACUCGGCAGACCUACUCUCUCCCCCUCCCAGGAGGAGGUGCUGCCGAAUCCACGCGGGGCAGCGGGACCGCCCCGAGGGGCUUCCUCAGUGGAGGAGAGGUGGGGUUCCAGGGCACAGGUGACAGGGCCGGAGAAAGAUGGAGCAGCCCGGGGCGGCGGCGGCGUCGGGCGCCGGAGGCUGCGGCGAGGAACCCGGUGGGGGCCGAAGCAACAAACGGAGCGCGGGGAACCGGGCCGCCAACGAAGAGGAAACGAAAAACAAACCUAAAUUGAACAUUCAAAUAAAAACUUUGGCAGAUGAUGUGCGUGACCGAAUUACAAGUUUUAGAAAAUCUACUGUCAAAAAAGAAAAACCUCUUAUCCAACAUCCUAUUGAUUCUCAAGUUGCGAUGAGUGAGUUUCCAGCGGCUCAGCCAUUAUAUGAUGAACGAUCUUUGAAUUUGUCCGAAAAGGAAGUACUGGAUCUCUUUGAAAAAAUGAUGGAGGACAUGAACCUUAAUGAAGAGCGAAAAGCUCCUUUACGAAACAAAGAUUUUACCACCAAGCGUGAGAUGGUCGUCCAGUAUAUUUCUGCUACUGCCAAAUCUAUAGUUGGAAGUAAAGUUAUGGGAGGGCUGAAAAACAGCAAACAUGAAUGCACUCUGUCUUCACAAGAAUAUGUUCAUGAAUUACGAUCUGGUAUUUCAGAUGAGAAACUUCUUAAUUGCCUAGAAUCUCUGAGGGUUUCUUUAACCAGCAAUCCUGUCAGCUGGGUUAACAACUUUGGCCAUGAAGGUCUUGGACUCCUGUUGGAUGUGCUGGAAAAGCUUCUGGACAAGAAACAGCAAGAAAAUAUUGACAAGAAGAAUCAGUAUAAACUUAUUCAGUGCCUCAAAGCAUUUAUGAACAAUAAGUUUGGAUUGCAAAGGAUUCUAGGGGAUGAAAGAAGCCUUUUACUGUUGGCAAGAGCAGUUGACCCCAAACAACCCAACAUGAUGACUGAAAUAGUAAAAAUACUUUCUGCUAUUUGUAUUGUUGGAGAAGAGAACAUUCUAGAUAAACUUUUAGGGGCUAUAACUACAGCAGCAGAACGAAAUAACAGAGAACGAUUUUCACCAAUUGUGGAAGGAUUAGAAAACCAUGAAGCUUUGCAAUUACAGGUGGCCUGCAUGCAGUUUAUAAAUGCCCUUGUCACAUCUCCUUAUGAGCUUGAUUUUCGAAUACAUUUAAGGAAUGAAUUCCUUCGUUCAGGACUAAAAACAAUGUUACCAGAUCUGAAAGAAAAAGAGAAUGACGAGCUUGAUAUUCAGUUGAAAGUAUUUGAUGAGAACAAAGAGGACGAUCUAACUGAAUUAUCACACCGUCUCAAUGACAUUCGAGCAGAAAUGGAUGAUAUGAAUGAAGUGUACCAUCUUCUGUAUAAUAUGUUGAAGGACACUGCUGCUGAAAAUUACUUAUUAUCCAUUCUACAACAUUUUUUGCUCAUCAGAAAUGAUUAUUAUAUCAGGCCACAGUAUUACAAAAUAGUUGAGGAAUGUGUUUCACAGAUAGUGCUGCACUGCAGUGGUAUGGACCCAGAUUUCAAGUACAGACAAAGAUUAGACAUUGAUUUCACUCAUCUGAUAGAUUCUUGUGUGAACAAGGCAAAAGUUGAAGAAAGUGAACAAAAAGCAGCAGAAUUUUCAAAGAAGUUCGAUGAAGAAUUCACAGCUCGACAGGAAGCUCAAGCUGAGCUUCAAAAAAGAGAAGAAAAAAUCAAAGAGCUUGAAACAGAAAUCCAACAACUUCGAACCCAGGGACUUGGACUCUCAGGUUCAACAGGAAUUCCAGGCCCUCCUCUACCACCUCCAUUGCCAGGUGCUGGGCCACCCCCGCCCCCACCUCCACCAGCACCACCUCUACCCAGAGGAGGUCCCCCUCCUCCUCCACCUCCUUUACCUGGGGUACAUGGAAUAGCAUCACCACUGCCUUUGUUUGGGGGACCUCCUCCACCACCUCCCCUUGGAGGAGUUCCUCCUCCUCCUCCGGGAACACUUGAUCUGCCAUAUGGAAUGAAGCAUAAAAAAAUAUAUAAACCUGAGGUGUCCAUGAAGAGGAUCAAUUGGUCAAAGAUUGAACCCAAAGAAUUGUCUGAGAACUGUUUCUGGUUGAAAGUUAAGGAGGAGAAGUUUGAAAAUCCAGAUCUCUUUGCAAAAUUGGCACUGAAUUUCGCUACCCAGAUAAAAGUUCAAAAGAAUGCAGAAGCUUUUGAAGAAAAGAAGACCCUGCCUACAAAGAAGAAAGUGAAAGAGUUGAGAAUUUUGGAUCCCAAAACAGCCCAGAAUCUUUCUAUCUUCCUAGGAUCAUAUCGUAUGCCAUAUGAAGAUAUAAAAAACAUCAUUCUGGAGGUUAAUGAAGACAUGUUGAGUGAGGCCUUAAUUCAGAACCUUAUAAAACAUCUUCCUGAGCAGAAGGUACUCAAUGAAUUAGCACAGCUGAAGAAUGAAUAUGAUGACCUUUGUGAGCCUGAACAGUUUGGAGUUGUGAUGAGCUCAGUGAAAAUGUUGCGUCCUCGUCUCAAUAGCAUUCUUUUCAAGCUCACGUUUGAAGAACACGUAAACAACAUCAAACCAAGCAUCAUAGCAGUAACUCUGGCCUGUGAAGAACUGAAGAAAAGUGAAAGCUUUAACAGACUUUUAGAGUUAGUUCUUUUGGUUGGAAACUACAUGAACUCAGGCUCAAGAAAUGCCCAGUCUUUGGGUUUUAAGAUCAACUUUCUCUGUAAGAUCCGAGAUACUAAAUCAGCAGAUCAAAAGACAACCCUCUUGCAUUUUAUUGCUGAAAUUUGUGAGGAAAAAUACCGGGAUAUCCUGAAAUUUCCUGAAGAACUGGAACAUGUAGAAAGUGCAAGCAAAGUUUCAGCUCAAAUUCUCAAGAGCAACCUUGCAGCAAUGGAACAACACAUUGUUCACCUGGAACGUGACAUCAAGCAAUUCCCCAAAAUAGAAAAUCAACGUGAUAAGUUUGUGGAAAAGCUGACGAGCUUUACAAAGGGUGCCAGAGAACAGUAUGAAAAACUACUCACCAUGCACAACAACAUGAUAAAGCUCUAUGAGAAUCUUGGAGAAUACUUUAUUUUUGACUCUAAGACAGUGAGCAUAGAAGAAUUUUUCGGUGAUCUCAGCAACUUCCAAACUUUGUUCCUGGAAGCAGUGAAAGAAAACAACAAGAGAAAAGAAAUGGAAGAGAAGACUAGGAGGGCAAAGCUUGCAAAAGAGAAAGCUGAACAAGAAAAGUUAGAACGCCAGAAGAAAAAGAAACAACUCAUUGAUAUAAACAAAGAGGGUGAUGAGACGGGCGUGAUGGAUAAUCUUCUAGAAGCCCUGCAAUCAGGUGCAGCAUUCCGAGACCGCAGAAAGAGGAUUCCAAGGAAUCCAGAUAACAGACGAGUACCUUUGGAAAGGUCACGCUCUCGCCACAAUGGAGCUAUCUCAUCUAAGUGAUUCCUGAUGCCAAAGAAUAUGAAAAUACUUCUUACGUAAACAAAAUCAUACAUUUUGGGAAGAACAAAACAUGCACUCAAGGGAUGGAGAGGAAAUAAGUACAUUUCUGCAAAGAUCAAGCUAAGCUGGAUGCAAUAGCGUGCACAUGUAAAGCUAUUGCAAGACUCCUCCCACAAUUAUACUAAUAUGAACACAAUUAAUUACCAGAAUUAUAAAACAUGCGUUCCCUUUUAGUGUAAAGAUGUGUAUUAUUUGUUACUGUGUGUGACCUGACCGUGAUGAUGAAAAGUGUAAGAAAUUGAAGAGUUCCAAAGAAAGAAGGACUUUCAAAACCAUUGUCAAAAAUGUAUAAUGUUACUCAAAUUUGAAGAAGAAGUCACCCCCCCCCCCAAAAAAAAAAGAAAAGAGAAGAAAAAGAAUAGAAAGAAUUAGUCAGUGUCUACUUCUGAUUCCUGUUAUAUAGAAAAGGAAAAGGCCAGUGAAAAUGUACGUGUUAAUGGUUUGGAAAGGCACUGAUAUUGCACACUCUAUAAAAGAAGCCAUUUUUUUGGAAACUCAGAAAAAGUACUGCUUCACCCCCCCCCCCUCCCCGUCAAGUUACUUAGAAUCUUAUCUCAAGUGAAAGUUGAUGGAUUCAUCUGCUUCGGCUGAAAUUAAACUUAUCAUUAAUCUAGAGUUUCAGCAUGAUAUUGCAGGCACUUAUCAUUGCUAAAAAUAAGCCAAAAAGUUUAACAGAAGCAGUUAGAGAAAGUGAUUUAAACUUUAUUUAAAGAGGUAUUUUCUAAUUAUGCACAUAUAUCUACUUUAUACAUAUACUUUAUAUGGCUGUUUUUGAGAAAAACCUCACAUUGUAAUGUUUAUGCUAGGGCUGAACCUGCAAAUUCUGUUACCUUUAUUCAGAUUUUUAAAGGUAAAUACUGCUCUCUAUUCUCCAUGGUUUAUUUCUUCUCUCUAUUGCUUCUUUCUCCCACAACCCCCUUGAAGGCAGGGAAUAGAGUUCUAAGAGACCUGAGGGGAAAAAGAUUCCCCUCCGCAGGAGGCAGCAGAAAACUGUCUGAAAGGUCAGUUGUUUUAUCUGCCUUUCUACUCCCCUUUCCAGUUCCACCAUGGUGAUCUGAAGAAGAAAAAGAAAUUAUAUGUAUGUAUCUGUAUAUAUAUGUAUAUAUUUAUAUCUCCUGCUACAAUAAUUCCACAUCCCAGUGACUAAGUGAACUUCUCAAUCAUCAUCAUACUUAUUUACCAUAUAUUAACAAAUUCAAAUGAUGCUGCCAAAACAACUCUAGGAGGAAAAAACAGGCUCUACAUUUUUCUUAAAUAGAUGAGGGAGAAAAAGUUAUACUUAACUGUCUAUUAUUUUUAAAAAUGCAUUGUAAUAAUGUGGUACAACUUCUCUGGACUAAUCCAUGCAGAUGAUUGUGAUUAUUGUAAAAGAUUUCUUAUAUGUAUAUUUCUUAUAAAGAAGAUCCUAUUUCUACUUCCUCCAAAGCACAUUAUAGACAUUCAGAAAGAACAAGUGACUGGCUUGGCAAGUCACUCCCUGAGAUAAUGUAACCAAGUGACCAAUAGCUCACAGUUUCCUUUUUAUAGAUGUACAGUGAUUCAAACUGCUGCCUUUUCCUCCAGUACAUUCUUACUUUUGGGUCUUAUCCUUUACAAAGCUCUGAAGCUGCUACAAUAGAGAAAUCAAAAGCAGUAACAGGAUCUGAGAUUUUACAAUUUUAUCCUAUCUAUCUAUCUAUCUUAAGACACACACAUAUGCACACACACAAACAAGUUUAAGGGACAUAUCAAUUUCACACACUGUUUUUUUAACAAUAACAACAACAACAAAGAUUUAGGUUCUACUAAUUCAUGUAAAUACUUACUUAAUGUACGUAUUUUUAACUUCACAAAGUCUUUUCUGAAAUCUUCAUGGUAUGGCUUCUUUGAGUCUUUUGAUAGCUUUUCAGACUGUAGGAAAAUGAUAUUUUGAAAUAUUCACCCUGACUAAUAUUUAGGGGCAUUUGCCAUAUUAUCAGGCUGGUCAAGGUGGACAUACUGAUGCAUAUCAUCACCUUUUCCAGAUGUGAACUUGCCUUAUUUUUUAGUUUGUGGGGAAAAAAAGUACUAUUAUUGAUAAAUUAUAUAUUUGUAUUUAGAAUAAUUCCACAUGCGUUUCACAAACAUUAUGAGACCGUUCAGGGUCUUUCACGAAGUUCUGAUAACUCAAUUAAAGGGUUUGCUUCCCAGAUUUAUAAUGGUCCUGCUCUAGCCAUUUGCAGUUUUGAUUUAGAUUGAAAAUUAUCACCAGAAAAAAGUACAUAGUGACAUUUUUAGUAUAGAACCAAAUUAUACUAAAGUCUUUUGUUGGGUUUAUUACUGCCACACGUGAGAAGCACCAAUUUAUGCAGAUUUUCUUCAGAAUGUUUUUUAUAAGAAGUGCAAAACCCUUUAAAAUGUUUACUAGUUGUAUUAGUUUCCUUUGGCUGCUAUAACAAAUUACUACAAACUUGGUGACCUAACAUAUCAGAAAUUUAUUCUUUCAUGGUUGUGGUGGCCAGAUGUCCAAAAUCAAGGGCCAUGCUCCCUCCAGAGGCUCUAGAAGAAACUCUUCCCUUGCCUCUUCCAGCUUCGGGUAGCUAUUGGCAUUCUUUGGGUUAUGGCCACAUCUCUCUCUGCUCUGUCUUCACAUCACCUUCUCCUCUGUGUAUUUAAUCUCCCUAUGCUUCUCUCUUAUAAGGACACUUUUGUUGGAAUUUAGGGCCCACCUAGAUAAUCCAGGAUAAUUUCAUGUGAAGACCCUAAACUUAUUUACAUCUGUAAGACCCUUUUUCCAAAAAUGUAACAUUCAUAGGUUCUGGGGAUUAGGAUGUGGACAUAUCUUUUUGGAGGUGACCUUUAGCCCAUGACAGUCUGCCCUCUGGACCCCCAAAUUUAUGUCUGUCCCAUGUGCAAAGUAUAUUCACCCUAUCCCAACAUUCCCAAAAGUCUCAACCCUAAGUCUAAAAUCUCAUCCAAACUUCUUCAGUUCAAAAGUCCCAAAUCUCACCUAGAUCAUCUAAAUCAGCUAUAGGUGAAAACCCUGGGACAAAAUUCCUUUGCGUCUGUGAAUCAGUGAAACAAGACAUCAACAGGGCCCCUGCUUCCAGAAUACAGUGGUGGGACAGGCAUAUGAUAAUAGUUAUAGAUAUUCCUAUUCCAAAAGGGAGAAAAUGGAACAAACAUAGAAAGUAGUCACCUGUCCUGAUGAUUUUCAGAAUUUGGCCAAGCAGAAUCCCCUUAGGUUUCAAGGCUUGACAAUAAUCCUCCUUGUCUCAGGGCUACACCCUUUAGGCCUGCAGCUCUGGCCUCUUGGCCCAUGGAUCAAGUCUCUGCCUCUGUGCCCAUGGCUUGUACUUCUGCCUCUAAACCUGCAGCUCUGCCCUAGGGUUGAUCUUUUCUAUCGAAGGGUAUCACCUCUUUGCAGCUUUAUCAGCCUACUUCCUGCCUGUAAAGUUUUGGUAGUCUGACCGCCUUCUCUCAUUUUGUCCUGUCUCUGUCCCUUUCAGGCCAAGCUGGAACUGUUUCUGCUGGUGUAACUUUCUCAAAAACUUCGUGGGCUCCCCAUGUAUAUCAUAUUGAUUUACUAGUGAGACAAGAGAGUCCUCACAGAUCUUUGCCAGAUAACACCACCUCUGUUCCUGGCUUCUACUGAGAUGAUUGAGUGGAUCAGUGAGUCAAUGCCUAAUCUCUACAGCACUAGCCAAAGGUUAUCCAGCCUUGGCUUUAUCUCCAGAGCACACUAUCCUAACAGUGAAUCUUCAUUUUAGCAUUUUUUUGCAAUCUGAAUAGGCUCAGAAUUUCCUGAAUCAUCAAGUGCUGGGUCCCUUCUGCUUAACAGUUCUUUCUUCAAUUUAUCCCUUUCCUCUUAUAUUUUACUCUAAGCUCAAGAAAAAACUAGGCCAUACCUCCAAUGCUUUGCUCUCAAAUUUCCUCAGCUAAACAUCCGAAUUCAUCACUUACAGAUCUACUUUCCACACAACAGUUGGAGACAAUUUGGAUAAGCUUUUUGCCGCUAUAUAACAAGGAUCACCUUUCCUCUAGUUUUCAAUAAAAUGUUCCUCAGUUCCUUCUGAGCCCUCUCGAGACGCGCCUUUAACAUUCCUAUUCUUCCCGACAGUCUGUUUAAGGCAGUCCAUGCUUUUUCUAUCACAUACGUCAAAAUUCUUCCAGCCUCUACACAUGAUCUAAUUCCAAAGCCACUUCUACAUUUUUAGGUAUUUGUUACAGCAGUCCCUGACUUCCUGGUACCAAAAUCUGUAGUUUGUUGCUGUGGUUGCUGUAACAGAGUACUCCAAACAUGUUCACUUAAAACAACAGGCAUUCAUUCUCUUACUGUUUUGGAGGCCAGAAGUGGUAAAUUGAGGUAUUAGCAGGGCUGUACUCCCUCUGGAGGCUCUAGGAGAAAACCUGUUCCUUGCCUCUCCCAGUUUCUUGUGACUGUCAUCAUUCCUCGGCUUGUGGCCAAAUCUCUUUCUGCUCUGUCUUCAUAUCACCUUUCCCUCUGUAUGUCUAGUCUACCUCUGCCUCCCGCUUAUAAAGACACUUGUGAAGGCAUUUAAGGCCCACUGGUUUAUCCAUGAUAAUCUCCUCAUUUCAAGAUCCUUAACUUAAUUACAUCUGUGAAGACCCUUUUCCCAACUAAGUUAACGUCACGGGUUCUGAGAAUUAGGACAUGGACGUAUCUUUGGGGAGCCACCUUUCAGCUCACAACACUAGUCACUGCACAUAAAUGUACUUUUCACAUUUUGAAAUGCAUCCUUGGUGCUCAAGCCAAAUUCAAGGUUGUCGCUAAGAGCUAUUGUAUGCACAGGCUACUGCAUGCUUUGAUGUUAAAUGGCUGAACAGGCUAUUCUAAAAUUCAGUUGAUACUUUUGUUACUGUGGCCAGUUAGCUUGAAAAAUUAAUUGGUUCCAACUUUGAGCUCUGGUGUAUCUUCUCUGCCCCUUUUAUGGAGUCUUUGACCAAAUGUUUUCUAUGAUUAAUAAUGUAGGUAUAAAACUACCUCUGAUACAGAAGCUUUCUUUACAAGUUUAUUUUAGAUAUUGUGAAUCCCUCAGCUGAAAGGAGAGGUGACAGCAAAACCUGUUUGAAUGGAUAUUGAGGGAGAUUGUGCCCAUACCAAGACACACAGAAGAAGUAUUUCAGUAGCAGUAGAACUGUGGAUUCAUGUUCUCAUUUUGCCUCGGCAUAAACACCUGUCUCUGCAGGACCAAGAAUGACUUGCAAUCUAUCUGUAAUGCAUACUUACUUAUUCAAUAAAGUUAAGGUUACAUUAAAUGUUG